AUGGUAUUCCGAUCAAUCACCACCACUGCCUUAACCAAAUUGAAAAAAUGUAGGAUUUAUGCUGAUCGUCUUCGUAUGUACUCUGGUGUUUCUUCUUCUAUCCGUCCUUCUAACGGGGAUCUCAGUCCUCGUAUACGGCCACUUCCUCCUCUUAUGCGGCCGUCGUUUGUUGAUUGUGAGCGUAGCACUCCAGGAGAGCUUGGUACGAAUUUGAUGCAGGAUAGCAAAAGCCUUAAUCCCAUGUUUAUGUUGGUGCAGCAUUUACGAGAUGGAUCCCGAGACUACUCUGCCGUCUCAAUGCAAAACAACUCCUUCAAACCACUACAAACAGACGAAAAUCAUCUAAUUCCCAACUUCUCCCGAAUAACUAAAAACGCAGUCACUAGUAUUGUAGCAACCUUCAACUCAUGGUUGUUAUUUUGUGCACAACUGAAAAGACGCGAAAUUGUCACCUAUCAUCUGUGGAACCCUUCCACCGACGAGUUCAAAACCCUAGCCCCAUUCGAAAUCGAACCCCGUCUCCCUAACUUUCAUUUCUGGGAUCAUAUGCUUUGGGGUGUCGGAUUUGAUUCCUUAUCUCAGGACCAUAAGGUAGUCAGGGGUACAAGGAUUGACUACUACGACACUAAUGAGCACGAUGAAGAUGAUCCACAUUUUAGGCCCACUACAGACUGGUCGGAGUUUGAGGCUGAGGUGUUGUCCCUCAAAACCGGCGUG